GGUAUGACAGAUUUCCUAACCUGAACGGCCGUAAACUUUAACGCUAAAUAUCUCGGUUCGGAGGUCAGAGCGGCACUUUUUUCUGCCACAUUCGUUCAUUUCGUGCAAAAACGCGUCGAAUAAGCCUAAUUUCAUCAAAAUCGGAGAUGAGACGGGUAUUCUAUACCUUUACCACGUUGGUAAUAAAAGUGUAAACAUUAAAUAAAGAUACCUAUGAUGCUCCAGGAAGAUCGUAUGUAUUGAACAAAUUGAUGAAAUUGAAUUUUGUAGCAAGGCAUUAUUUCUUAAGCAAAAUGCCUUACUAUGCAGUUGCCAAAGGUCGAAAACCUGGAAUCUAUGCCACAUGGGGUGAAUGCAGUGCUCAGGUUCUUAAAUUUCCUGGGUCAAUAUACAAGAAAUUUGCAACAGAAAGCGAGGCUCAAAACUUUAUAAAGGAGCGUUCUUCUUCAACUGUAGUAACAAAUUCUACUAAGUGCCUUGCUUUGUCGAAAAUUGUGAAAGCUGCAAGAUCAGAAACCUUGCCGAAACAAUUGUUUGCACUUGGUGGUAAACAGUCUACAGUAGUUCAGACAAAACCAUUAUUAUCAAUUUCAAAGAGGACUUUAUCUACAAGUGACGAUAGUAAUGAACACCUGAGCAAAAAGAGAAAAAUAUCUAACAUUUCAAAUAAUUGCUUUAGAUUAACUCAGUGUCUUGACCAGGAUGACAAAACAGAUUUUAUCGUGGAUGAAGAUGGCUAUGUGAACGUUUUUACGGAUGGCGCAUGCAGUUGGAAUGGACACAAGAAUGCACGAGCCGGUAUCGGAGUUUGGUUUCGAGACAAUCAUCCAUUAAAUGUAUCUGAACCGGUGGAUGGACGACCUACUAAUAACGUAGCAGAGAUCCAAGCUGUUACAGUAGCUGUGAGACAGGCGAAAAAGGCAGGAAUCAAGAAGUUGAAAAUCAACACUGAUUCUAAAUUUCUCAUCUCCUGCAUUACACAAUGGAUGCCAGCAUGGAAGAGAAGAGGAUGGAAGACUGUGGAUAACAAGCCAGUUAUAAAUACAAUAGAAUUGUUAGAAAUGGAAAAAGAAUUAGAAAACUUGACUGUUGCUUGGAAUCAUGUGAAUGGACAUAUAGGAAUUUAUGGUAAUGAAAUGGCAGAUAAACUUGCAAGAGAAGGCUGCUUGCGGUAUAAAAACCAAGUUGAAUAAAAGAUAAAA